AUGAAAUGCAUUCCCGUAUACUGCAUCGCUUUCCUAGGUACGCAGUCGCCAUCUGAAAGAUUGCUCCUGCCACGACGGCAACUGGUGGAAGCAGGAUGUAGUAUUCAUGAGUUGAAUACGUUAAGAAGCGGCUCGCGUAGCGCUUUGUACUACGCAGCUGGACGUCAUCAUGGCCUGCAUGAACAUGCUGAUCCACUGGAAACGGAAUCCCCUGACACAAGGGUAACGGAAUGGAGUCCGGGACGUCACAGAUCGUUCCGAUGCGCCGGCAUAGCGUCGCCGGAUUCCGUUUUCCGGGAGCCCUUGCCAGGCGAGGCAAUCACGCUGCCGAACCCGUCGGCGACCACCGGGGAGUACCUACUGGAUAGGGCGAUCAUCCACAGAGUGGCCGAAUUACGCACAUUCCUGGAGGACAUCGAAGUCAGCAGGGGCAAAAAAUCCCAGCUGCGCGAAAUUGAGCGCGGGCUGAACAAUGGCGAUUACGAAAUCAGGCAGGUGACUAAGGAGGAAGCCGACCGGUUGGAAGCGGCGGCGAAAGCCAAUCCCAACGUAGAAAUCCAAGACCCCGUAGAUGAAACAGGAAUGCCAGAAACGCCCAUGGAAAUAAAUGAAACAACGCUGGAACCGAUUAAGGAGCACAUGUACGAAGAGAACAUGCUUGAGGAGGUGCUGGGCAAGGCGUUCAGCGUAUAUCGCAAAAACAGGGACCAAGCAUCCAUACAGCGGCUCGAGGGCAUCGCAUCAGAGAUAGCCCCCAUCGCGGACAAGGUGCGCAAAGAACGCGCCGAAGAGAUCAUCGUGAGACUCAUCAACUGCUACGUGGACGGUCGAGAAAACAUCGACGACGUCCUCCAGAGGCUAUAUAGACAGAAGCAGCUAAACAAGUACCUCAUGCAACGAUUCGACGAGCUUAUAAAGCUCGCGUCGAAAAAAUUCCGCCUAAGCGACGAACACCCGGCGCUCUCCGAACGGUUUCUGCGCACGCUAAAGGACAGGGUCGCCGCCGAGGUGCUGACGAGCGCUAGGGGCACUAGCAAGUGGGUGAGGAUACUGGCAGAGUGCUUCAGAUACGACAACUGCGUGGAGUACGAGAAGGUCCUCAAAAAGAACCUCCGAAAAAUAGAAGACAUCGAGGACUUCCGCGACUGGCUGCUGGACGGAAUUGCGUAUUGCCGGGACAAGGGCAGGAUGGAAGAGCGCAUCGAGGCCAUGGAAACGAUCGAGUCAAUUGUGGUCGGGCUCCACCCGGUGUGGACACCGCAAGAUAAUUACGUAGAAACCGAAGAUAGGCCUUACGACCACCCGAUCAUCUUCGAGGAUGACGAUACCUCUGGGUGA